AGGUUCACUCAGUAGGCUUCUCAGUCAAACCGGAUACACAUUGAUAGUCUUUAAAAUUGAGUGUUUUGCACGGUUUUAUAUAAUCAACACAUGCUCGUGUUAAUGUUAAAAGAAUUAAGCUGUUUUAAAUUCACCGUGACACUCCGAAGUAAGUUUAACAAGUGCUCUAACAAGGACUAAAAAUACCCGACGAGCAAUUUCCGGUAACACCGCUUGGACGUUUGUCACGGAAGUGUGCUAGAACCCUGGAAGUUUCAGUUUGAAAUUUUGCUUUUAAUUGUAAAUUCUGUAUAUGCAAAAAAUAUGGCAGCUAUUGUUUGCGUAAGUUUGAUCAACAAUAACAGCAUUCCGAUAAUGGUGCAAAGUGAAACGGACAGCAAACCGCUGAACUUGUGCAAACAACAACCGCGCAACAAACCCGACGAUCCACAACGCGUCAAACAGACAUUGAAGACACUGAUCCAAUCGAGACGUUUGGCGGAGGGAAAAGAUGCCAUAACCAUAGAUUUUGAAAAACGCCAGUCUGAUGACGAUCUUAAGCUUACUCCAGAAGAAUUGGCUCGCCAAAAAGACAGGAAGGAGCAAAACAGACGAGCUGCUCAAAAAUGUCGGCAAAAGAAGAGACAUCAACUGCAAACCUUACAAGAGGAGGAAGAGGAACUUCUGUUAAAAAAGUGUCAGUUAGAGGCAAAAUAUCAGAAACUGAACAGUGAAAAAGAGAAGUUAUUACACACAAUUCGAUCCAAUGGUGAGUACACAUGUAACCCUACUGACAGCAGGAGGGAGACGUCCAGAAAAGACAGCAAUGUCAAAAAUAAUCAAGAUGCCCGAGGAGCAGAGGACAGUGCCGGUCAUGUCGUCUGGAGUCUCCUGAAAAACAAAAGAACCAAGAAUCCUAAACAUUACUAUAUCCAGAAGUAUCAUAAAGACCAGUUGUCGGAGGCAGCAAGUGAAAAGGCCCGGUAUGACAGUAGUCAGAUCUCUGCUUCAGACUCAGACAGUCAGUCCAGCUGUUCUACAGCCUUCUCCGCCUCACAAAGACGGCCGUGUGUCAAACAAGAACUUGGUGCUUGUGGAUACUCCAGUCACACAUCUCAUGUUUCAGGUAGUGAGAAGAAAUCUCAUGAUGACAAUUCAAUAGGGCAAACUUCACCUGUAGACUUUUCUAGGAAAAAUUUAAACAAUUUAAUCAAAGGUUGUGUGAUAGAAUUCAAAAAUAGAGACAGUCAGCAAGAAUCGGAGGACAGCACGUCUGAUUACUAUGACAGUUCACAGCAAAGAACAAUGUCAAAUGUGUCCGACAUGGAUGUAUCUCAUACAGAUAGUUCACAGGAGCUGUCUAGCUCACAGGAGCUGUCUAGUUCACAGUCUGAGCUACCCAGUUCACAAGAAUCAACAAACUCUUACUACAGAAACCAAAAAGCAUACUUUGACAUCGGAGAAAGUGAUGAAAAUUUUGAGGAUAGUAGUGAUGAGGAAGAUAUCCUAAUCAUUGAUGAAUCGGAGAGUAGGUCAGAAUUUAAAUCAACAAAUUUUUCAAAUCAAAUUUUCAACAGCAUUAAGGUGACUUGUACUUAGAUUCACAUAAACCAUGUUUUGUCAAAGGAAAGAUUGAUAAAAAUUAGAAGACAGUGAAGUUACAGAAGCAAUGGUAUUUGGAAGUAAUUCUAUUAACCCCCUUUGUCAGAUUUUUUUAAAUAUUGGACUUAAUUGCCAGCAAGUACUAAUAUUUUGAUUAGUGAAAUUUAUAGUUGUCAAAGUGAUUUCCUAAAAUUUUGGAAAAUAUGAUAUAAAAAAAAUAACAGUGAUUUCCUAACAAGUCUUCAUUCUAGUGAAGUGUAAUGGAAGGAAAUGUAACUGAAUGUGUGAUGGGUGUGUGACCUUGUAAUGUUACAGCAAAUUCCGGGUGAUGUGACCAGAUAGUGCAUUGAAGACAAGUAUUAUGUGUAGAGUUAAUUACCUGAAGCGGACCUAAGGAAAUUGAGCUGUCUGUUCUGUACAUGCUUUUACAUCAUAAGUGCACAUCUUAUCUAGUAUAAUGUCUAGAAUUUUUACAUUUCAAUCUUUCUUGUGAAAAAGACCAGGUUAAUGCAACAUGAACCCAUUUUCACCAGGCUUAUAUUAAUAUAUCGUAGGCGAUCAUUUGUCCACUAGUAAAAGGCUACUUGCGUUGUUAUUGUCAAUGGAAUUUAUACAUUAUAACACAGAAAAGGUUCUUGUAUUCAAGUAUUCCUUGAUUUCUUUGCGAUCGUUAGGCUGCAAAUAAAUGUUUGUAUAGUUUAUUAUAUGUAUACUUCCUGGUGUAAUCAGUGGAUGGGCAUUUACUUCCAUAGACUUUUACUUUUAGUAGACUAGUAACUACACUUGUAAGGAUCAACAGUGUGCACCUAUAUAUCAUACUAGGUAUAAAUGGGUAUCUGCUGACUGUCUACUCGGGGAGUAUGACAGAUGUGCACACAGGAUGUCGCCAUAGAUUCCUAUGGUACUGAGGUCCUCUUCAGGUAAAGAGUUGUGUAAAUCUUUUAUAUUUGUCUAUAUAUAAAUAUAUUUUCUUACUUUUCUGUUUAAUUUACCCCAUUUUCUCUCCUCCUGUAAAUGUAAGAUAGAAAUAUCCCAGGUAAGAAUGAAGUCAACGAAAGUGGGCAGGAUAUUUUUGAUUUUUUUUCAUUGGUGAAGGAUAUAUGAGAAAAAUACUCUUUCAUCCCUGUAUGAGGAAAGUUAAAGGUUUUAUUUAUAGGAUUGUGAAUUUGGAGUAAACCCCAUGUCAUAGUCUCGAGUACUACUCCAAUGCAUAACUCCUCAGCAUGGAACUUCUUGACCUUCCACAGUUCAGCAUUUCUACACUGCUGUAUAAGUCUGUGUAUUAGCUAUUCAACCAUACAGACUUCUUCACGAUUAGGAUUGUGGAUAUUAUUCUUUAAUUAUCCUAAUGUACAGAUUGAAUAUGAGUGGAGGUAUUGAACUUUUGAGAUGGCAUUUAUGAGCAACAUGAAUACCAUUUGCACUAGAGAAAACUUAUUACCAAAUGAGUUUUUAUGUAUGUGCAUCAGGUUUAACUUUCCUGAAUUUCAAGUUUGCAUGUGUUAAUGGUCUCAAAGUUUGGUUGGUUAUAGAGUCAGUGCUAUGUGAAUGAAGUCACAUUCACCCAAUACAGGCUCUUGUUAUAUACGUUUUACCACAAAUAUGCCAUACAUCUAGAUACGGUUUCUUUCUAUACAUACUGUGUAGACACAAUAGCUGUCAUUAAUAAUGAAGAAAACUUUAAAAGAAAUGGCAGAAAUAUAGUUUGGUUCGGUAAGGUGUUUGGUAAGUAUUCUAAAAGGUAGAGAGUUUCACGAUUAUUUGUAUGCACUUAUUACUGGGUAUCCAUUUGUGAGGAUAGAGUUGUGUUAGAGAUGUGUAAUAGAGCACCUGUCAACAGGCGUCAUACCAGCAAACAUGUCAACACACAGAAUGGAGUGAAUGAGGAGACAUUCAAACUUCUUGCUACUUCACCUUUGAUCUAUGCGGUAUAACUGAAAUUACUAACAGACGUUUUCGAAUGUUUUCAGUUUAGUACAGUAAAAUCUCUGGUUUCUCUCCAUGAAAAUAUUUAAUUGACAUUUUCAAUAUGCAGCAAAACCUUCGACGAAGUGUAUUUUGAAAUUAAGCGACUAGAAAGCUUGUUGCCAAAGUUCCAACUAUACUUAAACUUUCUUAAGUCUUACUGUAAUUAUGUUACAACAUCAUUACCUUUUCGCUGGCAGCGUUCCAUCUUUAUGCGCAGAUGAACAGUUGCAGGAUUUAUGGGUUUUGUUUAAUUGUCAUAACAUUUCAUGUUAAAACAUCAUUGAUAACUACUGCAGCUUUUAUUUGCCAUAUAUUAUUGAGUGAUGUAGCUGGUGUUUAUACUUGAGAAAAGUGCCAAUUGAAAUCCGAUACAUUGUGUAUUGAUCGCUUCAAAAUCCAAGGGAACUGCUGUCAAUGCACGUCUUCUCUGCGCCCAUAGAAUGCGCCAUGACAAAAUAAAAGGCACAUGGUUGAGGUUGGGUUCAGGUAUCAAAAACUGACCUAUUUUUAGCCAGAUACCCGUCCUUUGAAAGUUAUAGAGGAGUGGCAUCCGACUUCAAUGCUGGUUAAUUUUACCGUUCUGCUGCCACCCAGUUCUUUUGAUGUACAUCAAAGGAGGAAACUAGUCUACUUGUAUCAUCUGCAAGGUGGCUUAUACAGAGCCUUCAAUUUUGUCAUGACUUCAGGAGUGCAGAGAAGAUCUGUAGUGGAACCCAUGGAGUUCGAAGAUGUGUAUUGACAUGAAAUAUUAGUAUGAACGCAGAAUAUGGUAAUACUAGCCAACACUUAUCCAAUAUCCUAUUCAUUUACCCUUAUGGAAAUAAUGCUGAAACUUUUGAACGGUAUUAUGAGGUAACUCUUUUCAUACAGAACAAAACGUUAGAAAAAAAUAAUUAUAAGAAGCCAAGUUAUUAUUGCCAUUUUAAGAAAUUGCACAGAUGCUAGUUGUGAACAGCAAUGUUGCGAUUGUUUCCCAAUUGAAUCAUGUGAUUUAAGACUACGCUGAUAUAUGAUAAUCACAUUUGAAUUACGAAUGUGUCUUCGUUAUGUAGAAAUUCAGCCAUUCUUUUUGUUGAAAUAUAAUUGAUUUAAAUUUUAGGAUUCAUUAUUUUGUAUUGUAUAAAUAUUUUUUUGUACUAUUUGUAUAUAAUUAUAUGCACGUUUCUCACAUUUUGGUAUCCUCGUGUAGUCUUGCUAUAUUCUCGCUUUAAUAGACACUUGUAUACAGUUACUCUUUACAUAAUAGUUAAUAUGAGCAGUAUAUACUCACAUCAAGCAAGAUUUUUUCCUAUUUCUUUUUUAAUAUUGUAAUUUUUUAUUAACAAUUUACUAGUCACCUUACAAUCUUAUAUUGUAUAAUAAUUUAAUAAUUGUUUUACAAUCUUUGGAAUCGCCUUUAUAGAGGAAACUGGGCAUCAAACAGGGCUUAAUCUACAUUGGAAAUUGCUGAAGAUACAUGGAGAAACUCUGUUGAUAUUUUCAUUUAUAUUUGCUAAGCACAUUUUUCAGACAAGGUCGGAUCAACACUUUUUCACUGAUCCUGUUACUGACAUGCGGCGGUGGACUUUGCUGUGAUAUUUGCAUGGUGCUGUGGCUGUUGAAUUUUCUGUUGAUUAUACGUGAAACUAUCGCCACAUUUAGAGCUUUGUUAUUGAGUACACGUGUAGAGAUAUCAUGUAAAUAAUUAAGACUCUUCAUGCCAUGAUAGUGUUUUAUUACUCAAGUGCUAAAAUUUGUUUCGCAGUUAUGUUUUGAUUUUGAAUGUUGGCUUACAUUCCAAGAGUUUUUAGGCAAUGUCAAAAGGUUUGCUAUCUAACUACGAAAGUAGCUUGCAAAGUUUCUUCAGGUUAAAAUGCAUUUUUGUACGUUUACACGUAUUUAGAGCUAGUAUAACCCGCGUUGUUAAUGUUAAUAUGUACUGUAUAUAGUUUUUAUGAAAUCAUUACAUGAUGAUAUCUAAUUAUAUGUUUGUGGUUUGCAGGUUUCAACAGAUUAUUGUUCACCUAUACAACUCUUUUCCUGACUUGUAAUCUAGGGAUCGUACUAGGAAUGCGUUUCAACUAUCAUUGACGAGGGAAGGUUCACUAUGAUAUACAAUACUGAUGCAGCAGGCAAAGCUUGAUUCCGUAUAAGCGAAUAGGAGAAGGAUAAGCUUUUGAUUCCGUAGCUCUGAUACCGUAAUAUGUGUACAUAUUUGAACUUGACGAUCCUUUCCCCUCAUGGAACGUGAAAGUUGCGACCUUUGAUAAGGUUAGAUAUCUAAACAAUUAAAAGUAUCAUAAUUUCGUUAUUCACUCUAUACUAUCGGUUUCUAAAGGUGUUCGUUAACACAUAAAUCUAUUAUUUUUAUAUGAACCUUAUUUAACAGCGUUCGGACCCCUGCGUAGUUGGAGGCAUUGGUUAGACUUCCGACGUCCGGGUGAUGCUAUCAGACCUCUAUUUUUUUCUCUCUCAAUAAUUCAAGCUCAAUGUCAGUAAGAUGAAGAGCAGUCGCCGUUUAUGUGUAUGUGUAGUGCUUACGAGAAAUUCAAGUGAAAAAAUCUCGCAGCUAAAAAACAAAGUUUAAAUUAGCAACGUCACAACAAUGUUAUUUACAAAAAGGAAAGGACUAAUAGAAAAUCAACCUAUAUUGAUGUAUUAUAUUUACCGAAGACCUUGUCGGACGUUGUCGGGACGAUGUAGUCUUCUGGAUUUGACAAAUUAAAACAAGAUGAGCGCCACAUGAGGUACAUGGAAUGAUUAUCUUCCGAAACACUUACGGUUUGUCUCCGAUGUAUGCUUUUUCUUUUGUGUUGGUGUCACAUCUAUUUCUGCUCCUGUGAGUUUUUAAUUUUGAUAUCAGUGUUGACACUGUUGUAUUCACUCUGGAUUUUUUUUCUUAAUAAACAUGUUAAUUAUUGUAAAUUUCGAUUCUAGUGAUGGUAAUGUUUCACUACGUUAACAAUCCCAAAAUUCCUUUAAUUACAUUUUGCAUGUGUGAAAGUAGUUUGGUCUCGAUUACAUGGUUGGAGCUACUUUUGUUAUUGGUUUUAGUGACACAAAUUAUAAUUACCGACAUGUGAAAACAAUUGAGUCUAGCAUUACCUUUUGGAACAAUUGCACAAAAAAAUCUUACGCAAAUGUUAGUUUUAACUACUAGUGGAUCCGCUAUCAAAAUCAUGACCAAAUAGUAAGGUUCAUAUUUACCAGAUGUGUGAACAGUAUAUAUAUAUAACACGUUAAGAUGUCGAUAUGAGGGUUCCAAAAUUUAAGUGUUGGCCAUGCGAUUAAAUCUGUAUGCUAAGUAUUUGUCUCAAAGUAUAUCCAAAUGAAAGUGAAAAAAUCCGGUAAGUAUCACUUCAAACAGGCAUCCUCGAUAAUCCAUGGGUAACGCUCACUUACGCUCUCUGCACCCCUGGAAUAUUGAUGGCACGCGGCUAGCUAUUUGAUUGGUCUCCGGUAAAAACAACCUGACCAAUCUCGAGGCUGAUACUUGUUCUAUGAAGAUCACAGAGGAGCGACACCCGAUUUCAAAAUGAUCUGUUGAUGCACACCUCGCCUUCGAAUGUGUUAUGCCAUAUUCCACGGAUGCAGAAAGCGUAACCCCCGGAUUAUAGAGGAUGUUUAAAAGGUUAACGUUUGAGAACAAAGUUUAAAUUUUAAGCAAAUGGAUAAAAGAAUAAUGAACAGGUCAUCAUCUAGCAAAUUAUUAUUAAACGAAUAACUAUAAAUCCAUUUCAAAUCGCUUGCGUUAUACUUUAAAAUUCUUUGUACUUUUCUCCUUAAAAUAUAUUAUACUGCUUUUGUCGAUUAUUACUCACCAUAUCCAAGUAAGAUGAAAAGCACUGCUAUAAUUCUAUCAUUUAGCUAUAAUUGGUAUUCGUUAACAGCAAGUUGAUGCGGGUAAGUAUUUCUGUGGAAGGUGUCACGACUGUGGUUGUAAGUAGGCUUCAUUGAAGGCUCUCUUGCAAAAGAAUAAAAGGCGUCCCGACACACCUCGUAUAUCUGUCUAUACUUAUUUUAUCGCACACCUGCUCUGAUCUGCAGUUGAUACGUUAUACGAAGUUUUACUCGUUUAAAUUGUCACGACAGUAUUGGCACGUCACAAAGAAGGGCGACAAAGAUCUACAUGUGAAAAAGGUUUAUAGUCCCCAGUACAUCUAUAUUCCAUUUAUUGUUCAAAACGUUUAAGAACGAAACGGCAUGUUAGUACCUUGUGAUGUCACAGGUCAGUGACACAUUUAAUGUUAAUAAAAAAUCUUAAUCCUAUUGAAUGUGGAUAAGUAUAUACUGUUUGAACUUUAAUUUACUUAUUUACAAACAGGCGUAACAGUCUUAAAGCCACUGAUCACUGUUAAUACGUUAAUGCUUUAUAUGUAGGUGUUUUAUGUAAAUAUUCCCAUGUUAAAAUAAACUUUCAUGUUACUCCGCUA